AUGACCAGGGAGGAUGUGGGAGCCUCCUGUCCAAACAAUAUCACUGCCUGGAACCAGAGCACUGCUGUCCUGACCAAGGGUUUUCUGUCUCUCACAGAGGUGUUCCUGCAGCUGACUGAUGGGCCCAACAGAUGUGCAGGCAACGUGGAAGUCUUCUUUCUUGAAAGCUGGGGUAAAGUGUGUGGGUACCUGUGGGACAUGCAAGAUGCUGAGGUGGUGUGCAGGCAGCUUGGCUGUGGCUCACCUCUUAGUGUGAUGGAGUAUUUCCCUUCCUACUCGUACCAGUACAUGGUGACGGAGGUGGAUUGUGAUGGCUCUGAAGACUAUCUGUGGCACUGCCCUUUCAGCGAAUCCUACUCUGACUGUUAUCGUGGGGCAGCUUCUGUCAUAUGCUCAGACUCAGGUCUAACAGUGCCUCCAACAACAGGGCCCAGCUCCUGCGGUGGCUUCCUUCAGGAAUUGUCCGGCUUAAUCCAGAGCCCGAACUACCCCGACUCCUACCCCGACAGCGCCCACUGCAUGUGGCACAUACAGCUGUGGGAACUGGAUCACAGAGUCCAGCUCCAGUUUUGGGAUGUUGAGCUGGAAGACAGCAGCUGCCAGUACGAUGCCAUUGAGGUGUAUGAUGGUGGGUCUCCUGCGGACCCCCUCCUCGGGAUGGUUUGCAGGAACAACCAUCAAAUCUUCACAUCAUCUGGGCAUCAGAUGAUCGUCCUGUUCCACAGUGACAGCAGUAGAACCCAGAGAGGUUUCCAAGCCUUCUACUACUCAUUUCCCACCUCCAGCAGUACCACAGAAUAUGAUUCUUGUGGUGGCUUGCUUUCCUCUCCAUCUGGUACAUUACAGAGUCCAUUUUACCCCAGAAACUAUCCCAACAAUGCCAACUGUGUUUGGGUAAUAGAAGCAAAGAACAAUUUCCGUGUCACACUCUCAUUUAGAGAUGUUCAGAUGGAAGGGGGCAGAUGCCUGUCUGACUACGUGGAAGUCUACGAUGGGCCACUCCAUACUUCUCCUCUCCUUGGGAAAUUUUGUUCUGGGUCUUUUCGCACAUACACAUCUUCCUCGAACCUCCUGACUGUCCGAUUUCACAGUAACUCUCGGUACACAUACAGAGGGUUUCAGGCUGACUAUUAUUCCACUCCAGCAGAUCAGAGCACUACACUGCUGUGUUUGCCAGACUACAUGCGUGUAGCUGUGAGCAGAUACUACCUUCAGUCACACGGCUACUCCGCUUGGAAUCUCACCUUGAAGGACCCCUAUUGCAAACCCAACAUCACGUCCCGCUCUGUUAUAUUCGAGAUACCAUACACUCGCUGCGGCACUGUGAGAGAGGGAAACAACGAUACAAUAACCUAUUCCAACGUUAUUAGAGGGUCCUCUUCUGGUGCUGUAAUCACGAGGAAUAAAGAUCUUCAUCUGCACAUCAACUGCAAAAUGCUCCAGAACACAUGGGCCCGAACGAUGUAUGCUGUGGAGGACAAUUUUGAAGUCAAUGAAACUCAGUAUGGCAGAUACAAUGUAAACCUUACGUUCUAUCAUUCUGCAUCCUUCUCACGGCCAGUGAAUGACUUCCCAUACUCUGUUAACCUGGAUCAGAAUUUGUUCCUUGAAGCUUACCUGCACAGCUCUGAUCCAAACCUGGUGUUAUUUGUGGACACCUGUGUGGCAUCUCCCACUCCCCACAAUUUUACAACACCGACCCAUGAUAUAAUCAGGAAUGGGUGUGCUCGAGAUUCUACUUAUGCUACAUAUUAUUCACCCUACAGAUACAUGGUCCGGUUUAAAUUCAAUGCCUUCCAGUUUGUUCGUCACAAUCCACUGGUUUAUCUGCAGUGUGAACUAGUGGUGUGCAGGGCCUAUGACUAUUCCUCCAGAUGCUACCAAGGCUGUGUUACUAGGUCUAAGAGAGAGGCAAGCUCUGGCCAAGAGAGUGUGACUGUAGUUGCUGGCCCAAUACAGCUGAAGGAAGCCGGUGCUGAGGAUAGGAAUGAACGUGAUGCUAGAUAAAACUGCCUCCUUUGACAGAUAGCAUCUUUAAAUGCCAAUUUAAUCCUGAAAGAAACUAUGCUGCUGGAUCAGCAGCAGCUCUAGAAUGUGCUUACUGACUCAUGCCUGUUAAACCCACUUCGCAUCAGUUGUCUUCAUUUCCGUGUAGCAAAACUGCUACUUCAGCAGCUCUCCAGGGAUUCUGAUAAAACAGGGCACAGGCAGCUCUGUGUCACAAACCUGCCUCCAAACUGCCUGUGAUUUGUCCCUGCUGUGUCUGAAGAGCCAGUCUGAAAGCUUCCCUGAGAGAUCCUCUAAG